AUGGUUUAUAGAGCGGAAGUUGGGGCAGUCUGGAUGUUUAUCAGAUUACUCCGUGGCGCAAGUGUUCUGGUGACCUCAGCAAUUGGCCUUAAUCAACAAAACAAAAAUAGAAAAACAAAAACAUACAACAGUGAGGAUUCGCUGGUGGUCACCCACCCAACUACUAACUCACCGGCGUGUGGCUUGAGUACGGCUGAGCGGACGGGAAGCCCUAUUUUCCACACCCUAUGGUCGUAUGUACAAGACUAA